GAAGAUGAGUGGUGAGGAUAUUAUUCCUGUGUGCGCAGUGCAACUUGGAGAAAACUUCUGCCUCUAUUUUGCAGAUGAUGAUGAGCUGGAAUGCGAUGCCUUGUCUGAGGAAAAAAUAUUCCAACACCGAGUCUUCCGAAAUGUAAAUAGACAGUUGCUUGUGUUUCGACCAGAUCUGCAGCUGGCCGCGUUUGAAAACGUGACAGAUCAGGAGAUGAAGUGUGGCAGUGGAAUGCACUUCAACAUUCACUGUUACAAAACUACCACACCUUCAACAGGGAUGCCUGUUGCAUUCAGCAUUCAGAUACAGGACAAGAAUUACUACAUGUGCUGUGAGGAAAAAGAGAUUGGGAAACCGAUAGUUCAUUUUAAGGAAGGAAAAGUUCCCACAGACAUUCCUCAAGAAAGUAACUUCAUUUUCUUCAAAAAGACAUUUACUUCUUGUAGCAACCAAGCUUUCAAGUUUGAGUAUGCACUAAAACAAGGCAUGUUCUUGGCCUUUGAAAAUGAAGGCUGCUUGAGAAAAUUAAUUUUAAAGAAAAUGUCAAGUGAAGAUGAAGUGGAUGAAACCAUGAAGUUUAACUUAAAUCAGAAUGAAAGUUAUAACUAGUGAC